AUGGCAGUGUUGAAAUUUAUUGCAUGUGCUCUGUUUAUGGUAGUUGCUGUUAAUGCAAGCUAUUCUGUGUAUCAGACUAUUGAAAAAAUCAAAGCAGAUGGCUUCGAAGCUGAAGCCCAUAAAGUCACCACAUCUGAUGGCUACAUCUUGGAAAUGCACAGGAUCCCUCAUGGCAGAACAAACAAGGACUCAACAGAAGACCGGCCUGUGGUCUUAGUGAUGCAUGGAUUCAUGUCUGCCUCCCAAGCCUUCGUAAUGCUUGGACCUGAUACGAGUUUUGCAUACCAUUUAGCAGACGCUGGUUUUGACGUCUGGAUGGGAAAUGCAAGAGGUAACAAGAAUUCCCGUGCUCACGUCUCAUUGAACCCUGACGAUGCGGUGCAGAAGUACGAAUUCUUUGACUUCAGCUGGGAGGAGAUUGGAAUGAUUGAUCUACCAGCAAUGAUUGACUACAUCCUCAAGACUACUGGGAAAGAUCAGCUGCAUUACAUUGGACAUUCUCAGGGUGGCACAGUAUUUUUGGUGAUGGCUUCCAUGCUGCCUGAAUACAACAACAAGAUAGCAUCAGCUCACCUUUGUGCAGGAGUUGGGUACCAAGAAUAUUUCCCUGAUGAACAAUUGAAGCAAUCCGCGCUUAUGACUGAUAUGAUCUAUUAUACUGCUUUACAAGCGGGAGCAGUGGAGCUGUUCCCUCCUAAUUCUAUUGAGAUGCUGCCUGAUGAUAUAUUCCAGUGGCCGGAGUAUUGUCUCGGCAGUAAGAACAUGAAGUACAUGUGCCAGAUCUUCGGCAUCACCCGUAUUACGAAUAACUACAACGCAGCCACCGACCAGCCAGGAGCAGCUCUUAAACAAAUGGCACACUACGGUCAGAACAUAAGAGAUAAACUCUUCAGACGGUACCACUACGGAUCAGCAGGGAACCAGGAGAAAUAUGGAUCAGAACUGCCACCUAAAUACGACUUGAGUAAAAUCACUACCUUUGUCACUAUGCAUUAUACACUAAAUGAUAAUUUGCUGGAUGAAAGAGACGUGCUGGCUAUGGUUGCUGAUAUUCCAAGAGCCGUCGCCCGUCAGGUCGCUAGGACCAGCUUUGAACAUGGAGACUUCGUGGCAGCAGCCGACGCAAAAGAACUUGUCACAGAUUAUAUUAUUGAAGAGAUUAAAAAUGCUGGUCAAGAAAACAACUUCACAGAUAACGAUCAAGUGAUCGUGGUGGACAGUCCUCCUACUAGUGCCCCAGGCGAUGAAAUAACUAGUGCCCCAACCACUGAAACUUCUUCAACUUCAGCACCUGAUGAUUCACCUGGAGGAGCUGGUACCAUAGUACUGAACGUCUACCUCAUAGUGCUAAGCUUGUAUGUAAUGUUAAAGUAG